AAAACAAAUAAAAGCGUUAUGCGUUACGCAGGUGCUGCUAACGUCAAACAUCUUGUGCGUCCUGAGACUGUUUACAAUUUCGCGGAACGAAGAAAAGAACGGUUUCUGUUCGUUUUACUUACUGCCGGUACUUUUAUCGCGUUCUGACGAUGGAGAUCGAAGAAGAUGUGUGGUUCGAACACGUAAAUAUAGAGAAUGGUUCGAGUGAAACUAACUGGAACAGUUUGAUCACCAUGGUGGCAGGAAUUAACAACCAGCUUUCUUCGAUAAGCAAGCAAAUUAAUGCAAUCGACAGCAGACUGAAGAAAUUCGAAGAGCAACAGGAAGAAACCUCGUCCGUCAUUGAGAAUGAGGUGGAGGAACUGAAAUCGCAAAUCCCUACGGUGAAAAGUGUGCUGCCAACCGUCGAAAUAGAUCCUGUUGCACCACCGCUAACAUCGUUGUUAAAACCUGUUCAGUGCAAAGAGGAACUGGAUGAGCUGGAAGCUAAAGCUAAAGACGAACAGUUCCGGGACGAGAUUGUACAAGCAGUUGGACGAAUCCAUGGCCAUGACCGGAAAGGAGAGGGUGAUACCGUUUGCUAUCAAAUAGUGGACUAUUUUUUCGAUAGAAAAUUUCUAACCGAAUGCUCCUGGUAUGGGCGAAUGAGUCAACGUACCAAGAAUGGUCCUGGUAAACGAAAGAUUGGGUUAAUCGGUUAUGGCAGUACGAUGAAACUGUUUCAUGCCUGUGUCCAUCUUUCCGAUGAAACAUUUACACAGACUCAGUCCAUCAAAUUUAUCCGACGGUGCCUCAGAUACUCUGCGACGCGAGCGAAAGCAAAGAUGGUAAUAAAACCAGCGGCACGGCGACGGAACCCAAAGAAGGUAGAAACCAAUGGCAAUUUAGCUGUGAAUGCAGUCGUAGAAAAUCAGCUGCGACACCUUCAAACUGAUGCACGCAGAAAAUAGUCUUAGUGAUUCGUGAAGAUGGAAUAACUUCAUAAGAGAAUAAA